AUGAUCAAACUCUCCACUCGUCUCCCCAAAGGAUUUCUCUCCACAACCUUCAAAAAAACUUCCAAUCCUCAUCACCGAUCAUUAAUUUCCACUUUAAGAAAAUUCACAUCAUCACCAACAAACGAACGCAAAUUUCACAACAACUUGAUUUCUCCUCUUCGUUCCUCCAAUAAUAACAAAUUACAUAAUUUCGGAGAUGCUGAUGAAAAUGGUGCUGAAAAUGACAAGGUGAGGAACAAGAAAAGAAUUGGAGAAUUGAAUGAUCUGUUAGAAUUUAAUCCAAAUUUCACAGAUGCCUUGAUUGAAAGAUCAAAAUGUUAUGAAGGGUUGAGUGAAUGGAAACUUGCAAGUGCUGAUCUAGAGAAGGUUUUAGAGAUUGAACCAAAUAGAGAUGAUAUUGUUUCACAUUUGGAACAAUUAUAUUGGUUUUAUAUACAAAAGGAGAAUUACAAUGUUAAAUUGGCUAAUAAUUAUUUGGAAAGAGCAUUUGAAAUUGUUUCGAAUAAUGCAGUUCAAGUGCCAUUUUCAUAUUAUAGGUCACUUUAUUCCAUCUGUUAUGAAUUGGAACAGUUUGAAAAGGCUAUUUCUUAUGCAACAAAGGGAAUUAAAUCGAUUGAGUCAACUGGACCAAUUGAAAUUGGAAGUAAGGAAGCUGAUGAUUUGGCUGCAUUGUUAUGUAGAAGAGGAAGUGUAUUGAUUACAAAGUUUAAAAUGAUUGAACGUGGAAGACAAGAUUUAGAACGAGCUCUCUCAUUAGCUUCCUCAAAAUACGAACCUCUAGUUCUCAUGUUAGAUUCUUUCAAAUAUUUAAAGAACCACGAUCUAGUUAUGGAGACGUACAAUUUAGUGAAAGAACUCGAAAAGAAGGAGACUAGAACGGAUGAGAAAACCUUAUUAGAAUAUCAAAGGGUUUGGUUAGGAUUCAGAGUUGAUUUAUUUGGGUUGUUUAAGAGAUUACUUAGUGAAGAUUCAUAUCAUUGA